AUGACAGGCUCUAUACGAGCCUUCUACUACACCUGCAGGGCUUGCAACAGGGAGAUAUCGCACAAGAUCGCAAUCAACCUCAUCGCCGAGAAGAGUCUGCCGAAGGUGACCACGGCGGCGGCAUCAACCAAGUCAGAUGCACCCAAUUCUAACAAAUCCGAUGCAAAUUCGCACCUGGAGGACACGCUGCGUGCGCGGUUGCAGCAGCAGCUCUCCGGUCCAACCUCUGGGUGGAUGAUGAAGCAACACAAGGUCAACCUCUCCGACAAUUUCAGGCGCAUCGUCAACAUGAUGAAUUCAAGCCGCCUGCCGUGUCCACACUGCCACUCCAGGGGCCACUGGAUAUGGCGAGGCUGCGUGUAA